AUGGGACUAAAGUCUCGAGAACCGUCGAAGGGACGAAGUCUAAAUGCUGAAGAAUUUUUCCACGGAAUGGCUGUGGAACGUCUUCGGGUCUUGCUUUCACCGCCCGAGGGCGUCAAUCGAGUAGCAUUCCUGAGCAAACCCACACCCGAGCUAACCCCUUUGCCCGCGCCGAGAUUGAAAUAUUCCGCUCCGAUGACCAAUGAUGUCUACAACUUGCCCGUCCGUGUUUUGCCUGCACAAUCCAGAGGUCUUGAAAGUGGCCGUCUUUCCGAACUCCGAAGGCUUUCCAAAGAAAAUCACGACUUGAAGUUUGAAAUGAAGUUAUUGCUGGAGAAAACUGAGGAUCUCGUCAACGAAAAUGAAAUGGUUGGAGAGGAGGUGAAGGGAGUUUUGGACCUGUGUCGUCGUUUGUCGGAGAAGUCCAAGGAUGCCAGAUUAACCAAUCAAUGCACUCAAACAGUCGGUGAUUACGCCCUGCUCGAAGCUGAGAAGACAGAAGCCGUGAGGAAAGUUUCAGAGGCCGUUAAAACCGCCAGGGAAUCGGAAACCCGUCGCCACGAGCUAGAAAUCGAACUGAGUUCGGCUCGCAUUCACAUCGAAGAACUCAAGGCGAAAAGCUCCUUCAGUACCGAACUCGAGACUCGAUUGGGCUCCUUGACAGCGGAGCUGCAUUCUGAACGACGAAAGAGAUCCGAGUUUGAAAUGGAAUUCGCGAAAACCCAAUCGCGUUUGGACGAAGUGCUGUCAGAUUCGCGUCGAAUGGAGUGUAAACUGCAAAAGGACGUUGCCAAGUUGAACGCCUCGAAAAAGCUCUUGGAGAACGAGUGUGAGUCGACGAAGCGAGACUGCGAAAUGAUGGAAAGGGAUUUCGAAAUGAAGCUUGCUCGAAAACAAAACGAAAUUGAUUGUCUGAGAGAAAAGGCGGAGAAAAUUGGACACUUGUGGAGGAUCGACAAGGAAAAGUGUAGCAUGUUGUCUGAUUCACUGGAAAAUUAUCGUCGUCAGUUGGAAACAUUCGAGAGUUAUCGCCCGAAGGCUCAACCGUUGGCGACCCCGAAUUGGGACGAGCUACAAGUUCUCAAUCAGAAAUUCAUGGCCUACGUCGAAACGAAGAAUUCCGAAACUGCAUCAGAGUUGGAGAAACUUGUCGCGAAGCAAACCAACAUUCUACAAAGACUAAAAGACGAGUGUCUUUUGUUGACGAAAAAACUCGACGACGCACAUAAGAAGCACAAGGAGGACUGUUCUCGGAUUAACGAGGAAAAUUUGAUCCUCUUGUCUCGAUUGCGAGAUGUGACGACUCUGUGGGACUCGAUGCAAAGCGAGACAGAUUUGCGGUCGAAGAUUUCUUGCUUAUCUGGAGUAGUGGGGACUUUAAAAACGGAAUUGAGAGCGAAAGCUGUGAAGGAAAGUGCUGAGGAAACCUGA